AUACAAUGUCACAUUUGUUAUUAUGAUAACCAUCAAUAUUAACAACCAUAAUUAAAUAAAGCCCCACUAUACAUAAUCUAAUCAAUCUUCAUCACUACUAAUUCUAUAUCAUUAGUCACCACAAUGAGUGCUUCUCUCUCUAUUUUCUCACUCUACUAAUCUUCCAAAUCCAUCAUUUUUAAACAAAGUCCACUCUCCUCCACAUAUAGCCGCCCCAAAAGUAAACGCUUUCUUCAGACUUCAGACCUCAUAAUCUCAUACUCCCCCUUUUUUUGGUACAAAUAUUAAUAUCUUUUAUCAAAAAUUAAAAAAACAAAAAAAAUAAGAUAUCCACAUCAACAAUUCAACAUUAUUUUGUAUUUUUUUUAAAAAAUAAAAAAUAAAUCCCAUUAUUUUCUCUGACCUUUGAGCAAUGGGUUGAAGAUGGGUAUGCAUACAAACAGGGGAAGUGGAAGCCCACAUGACUGGACCAAGCACCAAUCUUCACGUCCUCUUCUUCUGGUUCCUGAUCAAUCACAGCAAAAAUAAACCAAACUAAACAAAACAAAAAAACUGCCCCCUACUUGAGAAGGUAAUUACAACCAACAACAACAUUAAUCACACAUACCGGGAAUUUAAUUCUUUAAACCAUGCUUGUUGAGCUUCAUCAGCCUUCAUUUUCUCAAACCAGUCUUCUCUUCAUCUUACUGUUAUAUUCCUUCACAUUCUCUCACCAGCAGCAAGUGUGCCACCCCGACGAUCAGCAAUCACUCCUUAGAUUUUCUGAUUCUGUAUCCUCUUCUUUGGGUCCACUGAAUUGGAGUUCUGACUCUGAUUGCUGCUCCUGGGAAGGGAUUCGUUGCGAUGGUACAGGCCGGGUUAUCCGUUUGUCGCUGUCGAAGAGAGGAUUAACAGGGAAUAUAUCUUCUUCAUUUGAGAGCCUUACAAGUCUUUCUUACCUUAAUAUAUCUCAUAAUUCCCUUUCUGGGUUUCUCCCAAAAGGACUUUUUAGUUCAUUGAAUAGCCUUGAAAUCAUUGAUGUAAGCUCUAACCGUUUAGAUGGUAACUUCUCAACAUCUUUUUCCCUGAAUGGUAGUUUCCCUUCCACAAUUCAGGUUGUAGAUAUUUCUAGCAAUCAAAUACAUGGCAAGAUUGAGCCUGCUUGGUUUAUCUUGGGAUCAAAUUUGACCAUUUUCAAUGCCAGCAAUAAUGGCUUAUCUGGUCAGAUUCCUUCAUCCAUAUGUACCAUUUCUCCUCUGCUCAUAACCCUUGAUUUUUCCAACAACCAUUUUGGUGGAAAUAUUCCUGCUGGACUAGGCAGGUGUACCAGACUCCAAGUUUUCCGGGCAGGUUUCAAUGUUCUAACCGGGUUACUUCCUGAUGACGUUUACAGCUUGCAGUCACUGGUUGAGUUAUCGGUGCCUGCAAACCACAUACGCGGAACAAUUGGAGAAAGUAUGCUUAAUCUUACCAACCUCAGGGUCAUCGAGUUGUACUCAAAUGAGUUUUCAGGGAUGAUUCCUCUGGAUGUUGGGAGGCUCUCGAACUUGGAGGAAUUGCAGCUUCACAUAAACAAUUUCAGUGGUUCUGUACCAGCAUCCUUGAUGAACUGUACAAAACUGGUAAAGCUUAUUUUACGAGUAAAUUCUCUGCAAGGUAACAUCUCUACACUUGAUUUCUCAAGACUUGUCCAGCUCCAAAUACUUGACCUUGGUAACAAUAAAUUCACGGGAAAUUUGCCAGAGAGCUUGUUCUCAUGCAAAUCACUAAUGGCAGUCAGAUUAGCCACCAACCACUUAACAGGACAAAUUUCUCCUAAUGUAGUGACUUUACCAUCUCUAACUUUCAUCUCUCUCUCUAACAAUAGCUUCACCAAUGUAUCGAAUGCAAUCAAGAUUUUCAGGGGUUGCAAGAGCCUCACCACCCUCAUCCUGUCAAAAAACUUUUAUAAUGAAGUUAUACCUGGUGAAAAGAGCUUUAUACAGCCAGACGAUUUCAAAAACCUGCAAGUUCUUGCAUUUGGAGGAUGUCAAAUGAAGGGGAAAGUUCCAGAAUGGCUUGUACAUAUUAAGAGUCUAGAGGUUCUUGACUUGUCAUUCAAUCAAGUCACAGGACAAAUUCCAGAAUGGUUUGGAACUCUGCCAAACUUCUUCUACUUGGAUUUGUCAAAGAACCGCCUAACAGGAGAAUAUCCAAAGCAACUCAACAAACUGCCAGCUUUGUUGUCAGAGAAGGUUGCCGAAAAAUUGAAUCGAAGUUAUCUUGAGCUCCCAGUCUUUGUAGCACCCAACAAUGCAAGUACACAGCAAUACAACCAGCUUGCAAACCUGCCUCCGGCAAUAUACCUCAGAGGCAAUAAUAUCAGUGGUUCUAUCCCAGUUGAAAUAAGUCAACUACAGAAUCUUCAUAUACUGGAUCUCAGCGAAAACCAAUUCACAGGAAGCAUCCCACCAGAAUUGUCAAAUCUCAUAAACCUAGAACAGCUAGACCUCUCUCAAAAUCAUUUGAGUGGAGAAAUUCCAACAUCAAUACAAAGCUUAAAUUUCCUAUCAAAGUUCAAUGUCUCCUAUAACAACCUAGAGGGAUCAAUACCGACAGGAGGUCAGUUUGACACUUUCACAGAAUCCAGCUUUAUCGGUAAUCAAGGGUUAUGUGGUCGAGUCCUGCAGCAUCAUCCUUGUUCAGCUCAAUCGGUCCCAGGAACAGCGCGUCAGUCUCUCCACGGAAAAAGCCUAAACAAGAAACUGUUGUUGGGGGUUGCCCUUGGUGUCUGCUUAGGAUUUGCAUGCAUUUUCGUGAUUCUGGUGUACUGGAUAAUGUCCAAGAGAAGGAUCCUUCCAGGGGGUGACAAUGACAAGUUUGAAACAGAAAUGGGUUACUCCAGCUCUCGAGAAGUUGGGAAAGACACCAGUCUAGUAAUGGUUUUUCCAAGCUACACCGCUGAGAUCAAGGAUUUGACCAUACUGGACAUACUGAAAGCCACCAACAAUUUCAACCAGGAAAACAUCAUUGGCUGUGGAGGCUUUGGUUUGGUUUAUAAAGCAACCUUAAACAAUGGAGCAAAGCUUGCUAUCAAAAAGCUUUCGGGAGAUAUGUGUCUGAUAGAACGAGAAUUCAAAGCAGAGGUGGAAGUUCUAUCAAUGGCCCAACACGAAAACCUGGUUUCUCUGCUGGGAUAUUGUGUCCAUGAUGGUCUUCGGCUACUGAUGUACUCCUAUAUGCAAAAUGGAAGCCUUGACUACUGGUUGCAUGAGAACCCUAAUGGCUCAUCCCAACUUGAUUGGCCACUGCGGUUGAAAAUAGCUCUUGGAGCAGGUAGAGGGCUGGCUUACAUGCACCAAAUCUGUGAACCACACAUUGUGCAUCGUGAUAUAAAGUCGAGUAACAUUCUCCUCGAUGAGAACUUUGAAGCACAUGUUGCUGAUUUUGGAUUAUCCAGGCUCAUUCUCCCUUAUGCAACUCAUGUUACAACCGAGCUCGUUGGAACACUGGGGUACAUUCCACCAGAGUAUGGGCAGGCUUGGGUGGCCACGCUAAGGGGCGACGUAUACAGUUUUGGGGUUGUAAUGCUUGAACUACUUACAGGAAAGAGGCCUAUGGAGGUAUCCAAAUCAAAGGCAUCAAGGGAAAUAGUUGUAUGGGUGCAGCAAUUGAAAAACGAAGGAAAACAUGAAGAAAUAUUUGAUUCUGUCAUGAGAGGCAAAGGAUAUGAACAAGAGAUGUUGCAGGUUCUCGAUGUGGCCUGCAAGUGCGUCAACCAGAACCCUCAGGUAAGACCAACUAUCAAGGAAGUUGUUGAUCAGCUCAAGAAUGUAAGAUCCUCUCAGCAGACACCCAGGUCCGAGCAAGAUUGCCUUGCAGAAAUGAGAUAAUAGUCCUCAGUGCAGUGUAAUCGACCAGGAACUUUGGGGUCCUAUUAUAUUUGAGUGUUACGCAAGAUUUUUGCUUGACUUGAUCGAGCUGCAUACUGGCUGGUUGUGCCAGAAGCCAGAUAUCUCUUGUACAAACUACAAAAUCUCUUUCUUGUGAUUAUAAAUUGUAUACAAUCAAAAACUCUCAGACACAUUGUUCAAAUGCAGACGCACAUUAUGUAGAGAAAUAAAUGAGUUUAGCAGGUAACCCCUAGAAAAGGUUUACAUGUCAUUAGUUGCCUAUAUAUAUUUACGGAUAUACCUUCACAAUAUAAGUUUGUCCAGGUCAAGAUAUUUUUUAACAGGUAAAUAAAAUGAAAGUAUGCCCACAUGAUA